AUGCUAUCCACAUAUUGGGCGGCAGCCGUAUUGACGGCAGUACCUGCUCUCGCCCUCGACAAUGGCUUCGGCCGCACACCCGUAAUGGGCUUCAACACCUAUAACGACGUCGGCUGCUCCCCCAACCAAUCCUACGUGCAGAACACAAUCCGCUCUUUCGCCUCCAAAGGUUUCAAAGACCUGGGCUACAAAUACUUCCAAGUCGACUGCGGCUGGCAAGGCUACGAGCGACAAUCCAACGGCUCCAUCACCUAUGAUGCGAGCGUUUUUCCCGAUGGAAUCGCCCCUUUGAGCCAACUCGCACGGAGUCUGGGAUUCGAGUGGAGUAUGUAUACGGACCAGGGGGUUUAUUCCUGCGAUACGAAAAGUCCGGCCACGAGGCAGGGGAGUUUGGGGCAUGAGAGAGACGAUGUGCUCCAACUGGCGGGAUGGAAUGUGGCGUAUAUGAAGGUCGACAAUUGCUACAUCACGCCUGAUCAGAAUGCCCCCAAGGAUCCUCGGACGGAUUUCCCGGCGAGGUUUGGAAAUUGGAGCAAAGCGCAGCUGGAUGUGGGGAUUAAGGGGAUGUUGGUUUGUCAGUGGGGCACUCCAUACAGCAGUCCGACUGGUCUGCAAGGUCCGGCUUCGUGGACGCCUCCUGUGGCGAACUCGUUCAGGGUGUCGGAUGAUAUCGCCACUGGGUGGGCUAAUGUGAUGAGGAUUAUGAAUCAGGACAUUCAUGUCAAUCUCAAUGGGCUUAAUGGUCCUGGUCACUUUGCGGAUCUGGACCUCCUCGAAGUCGGCAACCCUGGCAUGUCGAACGCAGAGCAAGCCAGCCACUUCGCCAUCUGGGCCCUGUUCAAGAGUGCAUUGAUGGUGUCCACGGCGGUGCCGACCAUGUCUGAUGCCACUGCAGCCAUCUUGUCGAACAAAGAUAUUAUUGCAAUCAACCAAGACUCUCUUGGUGCACCAGUGAAGCUCGUCCAACGCUUCACCAAUGAUCGAGACAUAUACGCUGGGCCACUUGCAAAUGGUGACCAGGUCGUUCUUCUCCUCGACCAGUCCAACACGAAUCGCAACCUCGCCCUCAACUUCAGCAGUCUAGGCAUUGAUACCGCAACCGUGAAGAACCUCUGGACCGGCCGCACAACUGCCAACGUCAAAUCCUACUCCGCCCAAGUUAAUGCACACGGUUCCCUUCCUCUCCGGCUAAGCAACGUCAAAGCCCUCCAAAUCACCGCCCCAAAACUCACCUACAUCGAAGCCGAAUCCGGCACCCUCGCCGGCGGCGCCAACAUCCAAUCUUGCUCCGGCUGCUCCGGUUCCUCCAAAGUCGGAUACAUCAGCAACUCCGGCGGCAGCCUAACCCUCACCAACAUCCGCACAUCUCAAUCCACGCAAGACGUCCGCUUCGACUACAUCAACGGCGAGGUUGGAUACCUGUCGGAUGGCGGUCCCAAUGUGAGAGGGGCGAGUAUCAGCGUGAACGGCGGCCCGGGACAGAGCGUGUUGUUCCCCUUGACCGGGUACAAUUGGGAUAAGGACGUUACGAAAGGGUUUUUGGUUCGGUUGAGUGGGUUCAAUACUGGAUCUGCUAAUACGGUCAAGAUCAGUGGGUUGAGUGGGAGUACGACGUAUGCGCCGGAUAUCGAUCGCAUUGGAGUCGUUGCGUGA